AUGGACGCCGGCAGCGGCGCCGACCCAGCUGACACCGGGGCCCGCGAUGCCGCCUUCGCAUCUGCCGGCGACCCAGCCCCGAUGGAGGUGGCGCUGGCAACAGGUGACGCUCCGCCUGCAGCAAACCUCCUGGAGACUCCUGCCGGGAUGGAGGAGGAGGAGGGAGAGACUCCCCCCGCAAGCCCAACGGCCCUGCAAGGCCCGAGCGCGCCCGCACCGGAAGCGGGCGCUACGGUGGUUGACCUCGACUCCGACGUCGAGUUUACGGGGACGGCGGGGGAGCCGAAGGCAGUCCCCACGCCAAGCCCUGCUGUGCCGGCCGCAGCGGCGGCGGCGACCACCGCCGCCCCCGGGACGGCGUCCGGCGAUGCGCCCGCGGCAGCAGACGCUGCUGGGGCAGAUUCUUCUGCCGCCCAGCAGGGGCGGUCCCUGCCGGGGACGCGGCAACCUCACCAGCCCCGCAGUCCCCAUGCGCGGGCGGAAACCAAGAAGGAGCACGCUGAGGUGCUCGCUGUGGCCCAGGCUCGGAUCGACGAGAAGAGCGAUCUGAUCGCCAACUAUCUCGGCGAGAUCCAAGGGCUGCGCGUCAAGCUAGAGGUGCAGAUCAAGGCCACCGAAAGCGCGGCGGGCGCAGCAGCCCCGCAUGAGAUCUAG